AUGAUCAAAACAAUAUCACUCGUUUUCUUCCUCUUUCUGCUCGUAGACUUCAGUAUCUGCUCAAGAAUAAUAAAAAAACUUCAUUUUUAUAACAAUCAAGUGAGGAAGAAUAGGGACGUUAUGUUUGACGAAGACUCGGCAUCAGAACAGGAUGAGAAACCAAGGAAUUUAUUCGAGGAGAGAAAACGUCUCAUGCAGGAACGAAUUAAUAGUGUGAAGCAAAGUAUGCUUAAUUUGCGCAUUAGAUUGCGUGAAACUACCACUGAAGUGCACCGUAUAUUCGACCGCGUUACGUAUUUGCAAAACAUCGCAGAUCAAGAUGCGGAAAAUUUGAUAAUCGAGUUGGAAGAAUCACGAAGAAUCCGCCAAAAAAAGAUUCUCGAGAACAGAAUUCUUCUGGAAAGAUCGAAGUGCAUCUUGGAUGAAUCCUUGAGUCUGCUGACGAAAUUUGAAGAAUUUGUUAUAAAUGGUCGUGAGCGGCAGCAACCUCCUUCAUUAUCCUCGGCAUUAACAAAUGACAACAAAAAUUAA